AUAUAGGCAUAGAGGAAGACCAAGUCUCACAAAUUAAGAAACAGACUGUCCUCAUUCUCUAUCUCCAGAGUACUCAAAAGAGGAUCAAUGGGCGUUCUAGACUCUCUAUCAGACUAUUUCACAGUGAGUCGUUCCAGACUCAGAAAGAAACGAAAGCCAAUGCAGACAGUUGACAUCAAGGUGAAAAUGGACUGUGAUGGCUGUGAAAGGAGAGUUAAGAAUGCAGUCUCUCACAUGAAAGGUGCAAGGCAAGUUGAAGUGAACAGAAAGCAAAGCCGGGUGACGGUGACAGGUUAUUAUGUGGAGCCAAACAAGGUGCUAAAGAGGGUUAAGAGGACCGGAAAGAGAGCUGAGAUUUGGCCUUACGUUCCAUACAACGUCGUUGCUUAUCCUUACGUUGCCGGAGCUUAUGACAAGAAGGCACCGUCCGGUUACAUCAGGAACGUACCUCAGGCGGUUUCUACUGUGCAGGACGACGAGUACACCUCCAUGUUCAGUGAUGAGAAUCCUCAUGCUUGCGCCAUCAUGUAAAUCAGAAUUCUAGCUAAUUAUUAAGGACUGACUAGGACUUGUGUGAUAUUGUAUGCCGGCCUAAUUUAGCUAGUUCUUGAUGCUACUGCUAUAUGCUACUUGUGCUUUGAGUUUGUAUUAGCUACUAAAUAAGAUGAUCGAUCUCGUUUUUGUGUUUUGGUUA